AUGGAAACCACCCCUCAACCAAACAACAUCAGCUCCGCGAUCAACGCACUAGACGAAUCAAACGACGACUCAUGUAAUGACACCACAUCAAAUACACAAACCGAAAGACGAGCCAGAGAAAAUACCGAGAAAUCUAUCACUCGCCCUGCUACCCCUUCACCCUCUCACAUCGAAUCCGCAUCGCCAUCACCAUCACCUCCGGCGACUGUUGUUUCUGAUGCCUCCUCUUACCCAAUGAAAAAAAAAAAAAAUCACCGUCAAGAGGACAGUCAUUGCAGCGUCGCGCCUAGAUCUUACUCCUUUUUGGUUAUAAUUUCUUAG